UCGGUCUGUCAGUCCGCGGAGGGGCCGCGUUCUACGCCCGCUGCCUCCGGACGGCUGAGCUUGAGGCCGGCCCUGGUCCCCCGACGCAGUGCCCCAGGUCGCGGGUGAUGGGGCGUGAGCGCAGCCUCGGGUGUGUGGCGCUUGCCGAGCCAGCUUGACCCCGACCUUGAGGGGAACUCAGGAGUCUCCGCGUGCGUGACCGUGCAGCCGGGAGUGCGCGUGCAACCCCACGGGGCUCCCCUGCAGGCUGUCCCUGAGCCCCAGGAGCAGGACCCGCGCCUCUGGGCCUGGCCUGGGGCCCAGGAGGCUGCAGAGCUGCCCACGCCUCCGGGGAACACUGCCGAGGGGCGCCAUGGAGACCCCUGCCCCGAAGCCCCAGGAGACAGCUCUGCCCUCCCAGGAGCCUGCUCUUACCCUCAGAAAGAAUCCAGAGGAUAAAUUGGGUCAGGGUCUCCUGGAAGCCAGGUCCGAGGAAUCGGUGACUUUCAAGGAUGUGGCUGUGGACUUCACACAGGAGGAGUGGGGCCAGCUAGACUCCCCUCAGAGGGCCUUGUACCGUGACGUGAUGCUGGAGAACUACCAGAACCUUCUUGCUCUGGGACCCCCAGUCUGCAAGCCAGAUGUGAUCUCCCACUUGGAACGAGGUGAGGAGCCGUGGUGGAUGCCCAGAGAAGCCCCUGGAGGGGCUUGGCCAGAAGGGGAGCCUGGGCAUGAGGUGAAGGACGAGUCGUGUCAACGACAGGGUGUUCACAAGGAAGAGCCUUACCAGGAGCCCAUCACUGAGCCACUGGUGAAGUCUAGCAUCCACAGCCCCGGUCUGGGCAAUGGAUGGGCCCGAGAGCGUCCGGCAGCCUCUCUGGUGAGGGGUGAGGCCACACUGCAGAGGCCAGCGCCCACCAGCUGCCGGGACAUUUCCCUGGAGAGGCACCAGCAGGGCCAUGAGGUGUCUGAGAAGGAUUUCCCCUCUGGGCGUACCCUCUUCACCCCCCAGAACAUUCCUGAAGACCCUCCUGAUGGGUCCACCGAGGGCUUCCGGUCUGGUGAGGCGGCCACGAAGCACCGGAGAGCAGGCGCAGGGAGAGGCCCGUGCAAAUCCGGUGAUCACGGUGAACAUCUGGCCCCAAGCAGGAGGCGGGUGGCGGCCUCUGGGGAUGGCCUCUUCGUGUGCAGCGAAUGCGGAAAAACCUUCCGCCAGAGCUCGUCCUUGACCCUGCACCGGCGGUGGCACGCCCGAGAGAAAGCCUACAAAUGCCACGAGUGCGGCAAGGCCUUCACCUGGAGCACCAACCUCAUCGAGCAUCAGCGCAUCCACACCGGCGAGAAGCCCUUCUUCUGCGGCGAGUGCGGCAAGGCCUUCAGCUGCCACUCAUCGCUGAACGUGCAUCACAGGAUCCACACAGGCGAGCGGCCCUACAAGUGCAGCGCCUGCGAGAAGGCCUUCAGCUGCAGCUCGCUGCUCAACAUGCACUUGCGCGUGCACACAGGCGAGAAGCCCUACCAGUGUGGCGCGUGCGGGAAGGCUUUCAACCAGAGGACGCACCUGACGCGCCACCAGCGCAUCCACACGGGCGAGAAGCCCUACAAGUGCAGCGCGUGUGGGAAGGCCUUCACCUGCCACUCGUCCCUGACUGUGCACGAGAAGAUCCACAACGGGGACAAGCCGUUCAAAUGCGGUGACUGCGACAAGGCCUUCAACAGCCGCUCGCGCCUCACGCUGCACCAGCGCAUCCACACGGGGGAGAAGCCCUUCAAGUGUGGCGCGUGCGGCAAGGCAUUCAGCUGCCACUCGUACCUGGUGGUGCACCAGCGCAUCCACAGCGGGGAGAAGCCCUUCAAGUGCAAUGAGUGCGGCAAGGCCUUCAGCUCCCACUCCUACCUCAUCGUGCACCAGCGCAUCCACACCGGGGAGAAGCCCUUCGACUGCAGCCGCUGCUGGAAGGCCUUCAGCUGCCACUCGUCCCUCAUCGUGCACCAGCGCAUCCACACCGGGGAGAAGCCCUACAAGUGCGGCGAGUGCGGCAAGGCCUUCAGCCAGAAUCACUGUCUCAUCAAACAUCAGAAGGUCCACGCCGGGGAGAAGUCGUUCAGAUGUAACGAGUGUGGGGAAAUGUUCGGCUGGAGCGCCCACCUUGCCGAACACCAGAGACGACACAGCGAGGAGAAGCCCUUUGCCAUUCAGUUCAACAAACACUUACUGAGCACCUACUACGUGCCGGGCAGCCUGCUGGGCACGGGGGGCACGGGCGUGAGCGGCGUGGACCCACUCAACGCCCUGGACGUGACAGAGCUCUUGUGCGUGGUGCAGCCCUCGGCCAGCAGGACUUUCCCGCUGGGCAGCAAACCUGGAAAUUAGCAUGGCAUGCUGGUUGUCAUCAGCCUCGCUGCUUCCCCAGAAAGCACUGCGGCUCAGAUCCACGUGCCUCAGAUACAAGACUGGCCCUGCCGCCUGUGCCCAUCUCCCCACACGCUGGGACACCUCUCUGAGCGGUCGGCACCACCCUGGGAAGGGCUGCCCUAUAGGAGGGAAGACGUGAGGGCCAUUUGAGGAUGUCCCGUCGUCCUGCUUUCCUUGGGCUUGCAAGUCACCAACCUGGGGAGUAGGUCUUACCUGAGGACAAAAACAAGGUAUAUUGAUCAUUGUGUCCUCGGGACCGGCUCCUGGCAUGAUUUCGAUCAGGAAUUUCCUUUGUAUGCUGUUAUGUUUAGAAUAAUAAUAAUGGUAAUAAUAGAAACAGAGUAAGUAUGAACGCUAUUCUUUCCAAGUGAACAUUAUUCUGUUCUGGGAGAGGAGAAUAAUCUUCACUGGUGGGGGUUUGGGAAAAGGCAAAUUUCCCAGCCUGGCUUCAUUGAAGCAGCUCUACUGCUGGUGACAGCACCUCCGUCUCAGAAGCCCAGCAUUAGCGUAGCCAGGUCCUGACACACCAGCUUCGUCCUGGUGGGAAAUGGUGAGCACACAGGCGGGUGCCCGGCGUUCAUCCAGGGUGUGGUGUUGGGGAUAGAUGUGUCUAGAAGCACGCCUUCACCCAGGCUGGCCAGUCUGCCCGCAGGGCCUCCCUCUGCUCACCAGUUCAGCCCUGUGGGAGGAGCCCCUCUGAGGGGACCUGUCCCCCUGCUGUCUUCAGAGGUGGACGGCGUUCAUCUGGAAUUGUUUAUUCCGCACAGUCCUAAGCAAAUCCAAGCUGCUUUCUCAGUGAUAAUACUUUAUGUUUAUAGAGCGAGCUAUAGUUUAUGAAAUGCUUUUUAGUAUACUUUUUAAAUUAUGGCAGCAAAAUGACCACAUUUCGGGAAAUGUGGAAUUAAGGAAAAGACUCCCAUAAUUGCUAAUAAAACUGCAUUUCGCACUUUGAUACAUUACCUUCUGCUUGUUUCAGAGUGGAUUUUUACGUUACUGCAAACAUAGUGUAUAUAUCACUUUAAUCUUUUUUUCCCACCUACUGCAUAGCAGAAUUUUUUCCCAAGGAACUGCACUGUCCUUGGAGUUACAUGUGUUUUAAAUGGAGGCAUAAUGUUCUAUUAAAUAUUCUUUUAUUGGAUGUUGAAGUUAUUUCCAUGUUUUCACUAUUAUAAAUCAUUUCACAGUUAUAAACUAUUCUUCAUAGAGCAUCUUUUUGGGUUUUGUUUGGUUUUGUUUUUUAAGAUUUUAUUUUUGGGGUGCCUAGGUGGCUCAGUUAAGUG